AUGAUCGGACAAUUGUCUUCUUUCUAUGCACAAUUGCCAUCUACACCUUCAACUUCUACGGCAACCACAUCGACCUCCACUGCUGCUGCUCCUGUACAACCACCGACGAUAAACAUCCAGGCUCGAAAGGAUAGUUUCGUUACUGACAUCAGACCACUUCUGCAGCCCAGCGCAUUCGGCGGUGCACGUGCUAUUAACAACCUUGUUAAUCUCAUCGACGACUUUGGUUCUGAGGAGGUCGAACCUGCCCUGCGAAUGGAAAUCCUCACCAAGAUCUGUGAUAACGCCGCUAAUCAUUACUUUCAGGCCUGGUCAAGGCUGCAAUUCGCCUCUAAUACUGUGCAAAGAUCAUUGACAGGUUACCAGUUGACAGUUGAGUCACUCAAGUCCUCGAAGCUAGGCAAUGGGAAUCGACACUGA